AUGGUGACGGAUAAAGUAAAACAACAAUGGAAUACUACUGCAAGUGAUACUACUACUAAUAAUAAUAAUAGUGAUAAUAAUAAUACCACUACUACUAUUAUUGCUGCUACUACUAUUACUGCUACUUCUACUACUACUGCUAUUACUACUACUAUUACUUCUAGUACUACGCUUACUCCUAUUACUUCCACUUCAUCUUUCAAGUUUUUUGGCGAAGUAUCACUUCAUUCACCAAAUGAUGAUAUAAAUGCUUAUUGUCGAAAUGGUGGUAUUAUGAUUGGACGUGGUUGCGUAUGUUUUUAUCCGUAUACUGGAACACGAUGUUUAGAUUUUGCUUGCGCACAUGGUAUAUCAGUUGGAAUUCGUUAUGAUCCAGAUAGCUUAUUUUUUAAUAAACCAUGUAUUUGUGAUGAAGAUUGGAGUGGUGAUUUAUGCGAUAUAAUGAAAACAAAUGAGAUAGUGGAAGUUAUCAUUCAGUGUAACGAUCGUGGUGAAUUCAGAAACGGUCAUUGUCAUUGUAUUGGACACUUUUUUGGUUCACAAUGUCAGUAUGUCAGCAGAUGUGAUCAUGGUAAAAGGAAACAUGGAAGGUGUUUGUGUAAUGAUGGUUGGAAAGGCGAUUAUUGUCAUAAUAUCAUUUGCCAACAUGGUUAUCCAGAUAUAAACAACAAAAGCGAAUCAUGUGUUUGUCCGGCACGAUUCACCGGAACUCACUGUGAUCGUUGUUCUCAAAAAGGACCUAAAAUUAGGCCAUAUCCAGAAUGCAAUAUUGAUAUCUCGAAAAGUAAAGCAAAACAACAACGACAAGAAGCAGAAACACAAUUCCGAUUACGAUUAAGGAUUAUGGGAGUUACAAGCUUUUUGCUUUUGUUUCUGCUAAUAACAAUGAUUUUCUUCCAUCGACGCAGAAUUUAUAAAAGAAAACGUUCAGAGAGGCAAAAUCUUCGAAAGCGUGAAUAUGAAAUUCGGAAAACAAUACUUGAAAAAGCUGCACGAACUACGGAACGUUUGAAUGUUGAACAGAGGAUGGAAUAUGUAGAAGAAGAUAGGAACUACAGGGAUCACAUAUAA